AAGAUGGCGACGUCUGUAGCCGGAGAGGAGCAGCCAAGUCUAAAUGGGAUUAUUUCCGAGCCCCAGACUAAAAAACUCACCGACCUGCCGACCGAGUUGCUCGAACACAUCCUGUGCUUCCCCGUCCUCAAACAUGUCGACGUUUGUAACGUUUCCUGCUGCUGCAAGCGGCUACACGACGUCUGCCACGGAAGGGGAAAGGUCUGGGGACACCAGUACAAACUCAGAUGGCCAAGACUGCAGAGGUUUUACCGUCAGAAUGAGAGCUGCGACUGGCUCAGAGAAUACAAAACGCGCCACAGAGUUGGUAUACAAAUACGAAGGACCGUGGAAUCCAUCUCAAAGAGAUUCUUCACAGAAGUCCCUUGCGUUGGCCAGGUGCUGGGAGACAGCUUUGCAGAGAUUGAAUCACUUGGGAUGCCAGAGCACUUCUGUGAAGAUGAGCUCCUCUUCAUACUCAACUCAGACAAGAGGAAAAGCUUGACACUGAAGUACUAUGCAAAGAAAAUCCUUUACUUCCUGAGACAGCAGAACAUCUUGAGGAGUCUGAAGACCUUCCUGGAGCAGCCUGCAGAGCAGCAGUCAGCUUUAGAAGGUGCUGUACUGGUGGACCAGUAUUGUAACCCUCUGGCUGACGUCACCCUGGACAGCAUAUCAGCCCAGUUGGAUGAGAUCACAGAAAAAGUGAAGAAGAUGCUGAGAAUCAAGAACCCGUCUCACCCCAGCCUGCGCAUCGCUCAAGGUAACUGCUCUGUCGUGGAGGACUUUGAGCUGCAGAGGCAGGUGGUGUGUGCGCUGAACUCUGUCCUGUAUGAGCAGCUUCAAUACAAAGGCAAUGAGUGUGACUACUACAACCCCCUCAACUCCUACAUCCACCAGGUGCUACUACGCCACACAGGCAUUCCCAUAAGCCUCUCUGUUCUCUACAUGACGUUGGCCCGCAAACUGGGUCUUCAGCUGGAGCCUGUCAAUUUUCCCAAUCACUUCCUGCUGCGCUGGUGCCAGAAACCAAGAGGGAGUGAAGACAUCUACGACUUUGUCUACAUUGAUGCCUUUGGCAAAGGCAAGCAGCUGACGGCAAAGGAGUGCGAGUACCUCAUUGGCCACCAGGUGACGGCAGAUUACUACAGUGCCAUCAGCACCACGGAGGUGCUGCUCAGGAUGGUGGGGAACCUGCUCAACAUCGGCAAGAGAGGGGAGGGCAAUGAGAAAUCCUACCAGCUGCUGAGAGACUCGCUGGACCUCUACCUCACUAUCAACCCAGACAACGUGCAAUACUUGCUGCUGCAGGCACGGCUCUACUUCCACCUGGGAAUCUGGCCAGAAAAGGUGCUGGACAUCCUACAGCACAUUCAGGCACUGGAUCCCUCCCAGCACGGGGCAGUGGGUUACUUGGUGCAGCACACGCUGGAGCACAUCCAGCACAAGAAACAUCCAGUAACUCCUGAAGUGAAGAGGCGAAGUGCUCCAGAACACCUGGAGGUCCAGUAUUCAGUCGGCCUUAUUAUGAAACACAAGAGGUCAGGGUAUAACUGUGUGAUCUACGGCUGGGACCCCAAAUGCACCAUGAGCCAGGAGUGGAUCACCACCAUGAGGGUCCACCAGCUGUCCAACGGGGCUAACCAGCCUUUCUACAAUGUCCUCGUACAGGACGGAACAUGUCGCUACGCAGCACAGGAAAACCUGGAGCCCCACUCAGCGCCCUUGGAGAUUGGCCACCCAGAGGUCGGUCGCUACUUCUCCGAGUUCGCUGACACCCACUAUGUUGCCAAUGAAGAACUGCAGACACGAUACCCAGAGGACAUGGAUGAAACCCUGGGUACAGUGCAGGAGCUCUACCACAGACUGACGCCUGGCUCUGCGAACCAAGAGGAGGCUCCUGCCACAGACCAAAACAGCCACCAAGCCAUGUCCAUGUAGCAAGGAGCUGUAUCUGGCGCUUUGUCGUCCAACUACUACUAACCAACUACUGGUCACCCAUUCUCAAUUCACAAUCCACUUAGCUGCUGCUUUGUUGCACUUAUUCAAGUCUAGGUCGUGUGUAUCAGAGAGGUUCUUUUGUUUAGAAAAAAAAAAACAGUAUUGUUAUUGUUGUUGCUUUGAUACACAUAUCCAAAUACCACAAUGUAUUUGUUGCGGAAAAAAAAAAAAGUUCAAACUAUAGAAUGAUAUGAUGCUUGUUGGGGAAGACAUCUUCAAAUCCAGUGACAAGCCUGAAAAAGUAUUCAAACUCAGAAUCACGCAUUAGUAUACACCAUGAAGAAGAAGAAAACACAUUUGGAAUAAACAGUUAAGUGGACGAGUAAAUUCAGGAUGAGUAUCCAGGUGCUGUAAAUCCCCCCUUUGCCUAAAACCAAGGAAUGCUCCUUUACCCACAACCCCCUGCAUCCAGCACCAGUCUACAAAGCAUAUACCCUAACCCCCAGGUGCAGUGCCACACGAAAGACUAUAAAGAAAACACUUUGUAAAUUAACUUUUAUUCCCCAUCUUUUAACCAAGUUUCAUGCACUUACGAAAAUCUAACUUUCACAUUUCUAGAUAUUUUUUUUUUCUGUAUAUUUACAAGUGAAAUGUGUAGGAUGCCAUGGCUCAUCAGUGUCUUUAAUGGAAAAACUAGACGAACCAAUAAGGACACCAGUGACUUGAAACAGAAAUGACUCUGAGCUUUGAGGAAACUAAAAAGAAAAAAAUAAAGCGUUUCAAGUUUUA